UUCAUAAUUAAUAACAUUCUGUUUUGGAAAGAACGAAAAUGGGGGGACGGCUUUUUUGGUCCUCCCUUACUUUCUUAAUUCUCGUCAGUUAUACUACCGCUUGUGACGAUAAAGGAAUAUGUUUGUUGGAAGCGCUCAAAGAAAUAAAACAAUGUGAAAAAUCAGUGCUGGCUUCCUUGUUAAAACCUUUACUGACAUCUAAGCUUGAAAAGAAACCAUGCUCCAAAUGCCUCGAUGAGCCGGCGCCGCCGCCCACACUGGUUCUGAUGCCAUCAAAUCCAUGUGCUCCGCCCCCCGUUUGUCCAUCACCAGCUCCUGUUAUUCUAUCUCCCCCUUCCUCCCCCUAUGCCCAACCUGCCCCUAUUAUUCUCCCUACCUCAUGUUCAUCACCCCCUCCUGCCCCCUGCUCCCCACCUGCCUCUGUUUUUCUUUCCUCCCCCUGUUCACCUCCAACGGCAGCUAAUAUAGUUCUUCCAGCUCCGUGUAAUCCUCCACCAGCCCCUAUAACGCUUCCUUGUCCUCAACCAAGUCCUAUAAUGCUUCCAUCUCCGUGUGCCCCACCAAGCCCUAUAAUGUAUUCAGCCCCCUGUGGUCCACCCAGCCCCAUAAUGAUUCCAGCCCCCUGUGCUCCACCAAGCCCCAUAAUGCUUCCAGCCCCCUGUGCUCCACCAAGCCCUAUAAUGCUUCCAGCCCCCUGUGCUCCACCUUCACCGAUGAUGUUUCAACCACCACCCUGUUCCGCUCCACCAGCCCCUAUAAUGCUUCCUGCACCAUGUCAACCACAAUCACCAAUAAUAAUUUCUUUAGUUCCACCUCCACCACCGUGUUCUUGUCCUGCCCCCACAUGCUCCUGUGCACCCCCAUCCUUUCCAAUGACGGCGUAUAUGGUGCCCCCACCAGUACCUGUAUCUUUAGAAGCAAAACCAAUUAAAUCAUCAUGUGGAUGCCAAUUUUAGGGUAAAUAGUUUGUAAAUGACUCUUAAUAAGGGGUAAAAGGCAGAUUUUAUCAAAUUGAACCUCAUGACAUGAUAUUACAAUAAGUGGGUAUUCCAAGAUGGCGAGUUCAUCUCUCGUUGAUCGUUCGCUUCGUGUAACUUCUCAGUACGUAUUCUGUAUACAUAUAUUGUAUUUAUUUGACUAAAAACAACUAUCGAAGUAUAAA